AACUACAACUCCGAUAAUUCCACCGCUCAAACACAGCAUCUCGUUCGAAGUGCUUCGAUUCUGUGUUUUGGUUCAUGUAGUGAGUGGAAAGAGUUCGCUUUUGCAGUCUCACGACUUGAACUUACUAUUUAAUCUACCGCUCAGUCCUCUUAACACAUCACUAGGUAAUAAAAGAGCAUAAACGGCUCGUCCGAAGUCCUGCUAUCUUCUGUCCGCGAGACGGGGGAGUGUCUGAAAUUGAAUAUAUAGCUUGUGAGCUAACGUCAGCAGCAUCAGGUUGACCCAUGUCCUCUGAAGAGGCUCUCGGCUCCACGCUCUCAAACUGGCUCUCCUUUAACUCCUGGUGGCUGCUUCUGCCUUUCGUGAUGCUCCUGGUAGUGGCUGCUUUCAUCGUGGCCUUCGUGCUGCUGCUGUACAUGAUAUCCCCGUUAAUAAGCCCCAAACCGCUCAAACUUAACGGGGCCCAUGUGGUGGUGACCGGAGGCAGCAGUGGGAUUGGGAAGUGCAUUGCCAUGGAAUGCUACAAACAUGGUGCCUUCAUCACUCUGGUGGCACGAGAUGAGCACAAACUGGUUCAAGCCAAGAAAGAAGUGGAGAAAUGUGCCAUAAAUGAUAAGCAGGUGGUGCUUUGCAUUUCUGUUGAUGUGUCCAAAGACUACAACCAGGUGGAGAGUGUCAUAAAACAAGCUCAAGAGAAGCUGGGUCCUGUGGACAUGCUGGUCAAUUGUGCCGGGACGUCCAUAUCUGGGAAGUUUGAGGAAGUGGAAGUAGACCGCUUCAAGAAACUGAUGGAGGUGAACUAUCUGGGCAGUGUUUACCCCACCCGGGCAGUGAUCACCACUAUGAAGGAAAGGCGGAUGGGCCGCAUCAUGUUUGUGUCGUCACAUGCAGGGCUGAUCGGACUCUUUGGCUACACAGCCUACUCGCCGUCCAAAUUUGCCCUGCGUGGUCUGGCUGAGGCCUUGCAGAUGGAGAUGAAGCCCUAUAAUAUCUAUGUGACUGUGGCGUAUCCUCCAGACACGGACACUCCGGGGUUUGCAGAAGAGAAUAAGACUAAGCCUCUGGAGACCAAGUUAAUUUCAGAAACGUCUGGAGUCUGUCAGCCUGAGCAAGUAGCAAAAGUUUUGUUGAAGGAUGCUGUGCAGGGAAAUUUCACGAGCAUAGUUGGACCCGAUGGCUACAUGCUGUCAGCACUGACCUGUGGGAUGUCACCCAUUACCUCCAUCACUGAAGGGCUACAGCAGAUUGUGAUGAUGGGGCUGUUCCGCACCAUCGCUCUCUUCUACCUGGGCAGCUUCGACAGCAUCGUCCGCCGCUGCAUGAUCCAGAGAGAGCAGUCCAAAGCAGCAGAAAAGAGGGAGUAGCACCAGCCUUCCCACCACAUCCAUCUCUAUCAGCACCACUACACACACACACACACACACACCUCAGAGCACACGCCCCCCGGCCCGGCAGACGUGUUCAAAUGGGUAGAAGUCCACCCUGACAAAACACUGUUUAUUCAUCC